AUGUUGCUCUCAAAAGAAAACCUCAAGCCUGCGUCCGAAUUUGCUCUGGCUCUCGUGGUAGCAGACUCCCUAGUCGCCGCCGCGCCAUGCGACAUUUAUGCCUCUGGCGGGACGCCCUGUGUCGCAGCGCACAGCACCACACGUUCACUCUACGGCUCGUACGGCGGCCCGCUUUACCAGGUCAUUCGCGAGGCAGACUGGCAAUCGCUCAACAUUUUCCCGGUAUCUAUCGGUGGUGUGGCCAAUGCUGCUGCUCAGGAUUCCUUCUGUGCAGGGACGACGUGCCUUAUCGACAUUAUCUACGACCAGUCUGGUCACGGCAAUCAUCUCACUCAGGCUCCUCCUGGUGGCUUCAGCGGACCGGCAGCUAAUGGUUACGAUAACCUAGCUAUCGCGAAUAGCGCACCUGUCCACCUCCAGGGCCAGAAGGUGUAUGGUGUCUACAUUGAGCCUGGCAUGGGUUAUCGCAACAACGCCGCUCAGGGCACAGCGACUGGUGACGCAGGAGAGGGUAUUUACGCCAUUUUCGAUGGAACCCAUUACAACGAUCAAUGCUGCUUCGAUUACGGCAACGCCGAGACAAAUAGUCGCGAUACUGGUUCCGGCCAUAUGGAGGCGGUCUAUUUCGGGAACUGUCCUUUCUGGGGAACUGGCUCUGGGAGUGGUCCUUGGAUUAUGGCCGACCUUGAGAACGGCCUGUUCUCUGGAGACAACCUUUGGAAUAACCCUGGUGACCAAUCUAUUUCACACCGAUUCGUUACGGCGAUCGUUAAGGGAGAAUCGAACCAGUGGGCAAUCCGUGGCGGUGAUGCUACAUCCGGUUCGCUGUCAACCUUCUUUAGCGGUCCCCGCCCAUCCGGCUAUAACCCGAUGGACAAAGAGGGGGCUAUCAUUCUCGGAAUAGGCGGCGAUAACUCCAACGGGGCUCAGGGAACGUUCUACGAAGGUUGCAUGACUUCUGGAUAUCCAUCAGACUCGACUGAGAAUGCGGUACAGGCUGAUAUUGUCGCCGCUAGAUACUCCACUUAG